AUGGGGUCCCUCUUCCAGGGAGGCACUGUGAUGUUCCUCUGCCUUUCUGCUUUUGUCAAGAGCCAGUCACCACCUGGACAAGUCUGCUGUGGCACCAGCAGUAAAACAGCACAGACAUGGACAGACCAGAGGAGCCUCCCGCCCCCUGGAGUGGCCAGAGCAGCAGGAGGAGAAGGCCCCGAGAUCCAGCUGACCCGUGACGGAGCUGCAGGAGAGCGCGAUUUCAAAAGGCAGUGCUGGUUAAAGCCGCCAUCAUCAUUACACUAA